AUGUGCACAGAAUACCACUGGCGCUUCCGUCGCUGUGGCCACACACGCUUCUUCUCAUGGCAAUACUGCUCGGAUCUGCACAAAGGCGAACGAAGUCCUGAAGCGGGACGUUCGUGUCUUGGAUAUCAGUUGCAGUAUAAAGACAACCAGGAGGCGUAUAACUGCUACCAGUGCAUGCAUGCUCGGACACGGCGCACGGGA